UUUUUUUUUGCUUUUCCUCCCCCUAAUAAGGCGGUGUAUAGACGAAAAAGAAUGCACCAUUUCAUGGGCCGUCCGCGCAUCACAUCCUGUGACUGUGCUGCAGUUGGAAGAUUCUGCAGAAUCAACUCAUAUUUGGACCCGUAGGUCUCGGGAAGUGUGAGAAGUACCAUACGUGGGCCAAUGAAGUACGCUUGCUUAGAACCCGGAGCAUAGGUAGGUCCUGGACUGGCAAAGUAUUCGAAGACGCCGUAUACGAAGGAUGUUCUACGAAAGUUCGGUGUUCACAAUUCAGCGAGUAUGCUCAUGGUAAGGAACAAGUUCCGGGCAAGAAGAUCCGUCUACGUGCAUGCACGCUUGAUGACAGCGAUACUGAAGGAAGUAUUUAAGACCUCUUGACUUUUUUAUAGCAACUCGGUUGCAUCGCAGGGAUGAUUCAUAUCAACACAAACGCUGGAAUUAUCUGUCUCAUUGCCUUGCUCGUGACUUUCUUCUCUAUUUCUUGGCUCAAACGAACGUCAGUCAAGCAUGUGCGAGGGCCACCAUCUCCCUCUAUUUUGCUUGGUCAUGAACGCGUCCUUCGCAAUCGAUCUAAUUUCGGAGAGCUGGAGAUGCAAUGGGCUCGAUAUUAUGGCAAUGUUUACCGUAUCCGUGGCUGCUUUGCUCAAGAUAUGCUUGUUGUAUCGGAUCCGACAACUAUCGGAUAUAUCAUAUCAAGUUCCUCGUCUGGCAACCGCUUCCUUAAAACAAAGGAUUCCACAUUUUUGGUAGACCUCCUCCUGGGACAAGGCCUAGUCACAGCCGAGGGAGAAAUUCAUCGUCGCCAACGGAAAGUCAUCAAUUCGGCUUUCUCUCACUCACAGCUCCAGAAAUUGCAGCUGCGUUUCCAAGACAGCAGUGAUAAGCUCGUUUGCAUGAUCCGGGAUUCUCUAGAUGCCGGAGCCACCGUGUUCAAUGUCUUGGACUGGACCGGGAAGGUUGCGAUGGAUAUAAUCGGUCAGGCUGCAUUUCAGUACGAUUUUUGCUCCCUCGAUGGCAAGGAGAACGAGUUAAGGGAGGCCUUGAGACACGUUUUCAUUGACUCACAAUCAAAUCCUUCGUCGCGGGAGCUCAUGCUUACGUCUCUGAUUAAGCACCUUCCUGAUACUCUGCUAAAAUUCCUGAAGCUCGUUUCCACCCGUCAGACAAGACAUCUCUCAAAAGUAGGCGGCAUGGCGAAAAAAGCAGCUCGGGAAGUUUUCAGCCAAAGAACGGGAAACGAUGAACCAGGGAAUAAGGAUCUCCUUAGUGUCCUAGCAAAAGCGCGUGGCGCGGGUCAGAUGAGAGACAAUGAAGUCGAGGCACAACUUGCCACAUUUGUCGUUGCGGGACACGAGACAACAGCCACUACCCUAGGCUGGCUUUUAUACGAGCUUGCUGCACAUCCCGAAGAUCAAAACAAAAUACGCGAAGAGAUUUCGCAAGCUCGCUUGCAGAACGCCAAACUUUCCUCGAACGAGUAUGAUUCAAUGCCAUUUCUAAAUGCUACCAUCAAAGAAAACCUUCGCCUACACCCUAUCGCACCCACCCUUAUGCGUAGGGCAGUUCAAGAUGAUUGCCUUCCACUGUCUGAACCGAUCAUUACCAAGGACGGGAAGAUCUUGAAAGACAUUCCUAUCCCCAAAGGGCAAACAAUUUGUUGUUCGAUAUACACGUAUAAUCGGCUGCCGAGUAUCUGGGGCCCUGACGCAGAUCAGUGGAAUCCAAACCGAUUUAUUGGCGACGUAACUCAGCCUCGCACUCUGCUCGGGAUGUAUGGCAAUUUGAUGACAUUUGGCUCCGGAACGCGUUCAUGCAUAGGUUGGGAGUUCGCGGUCAUGGAAAUGCAGGUCAUCAUCGUCGACCUUGUGAAGCAUUUCGAGUUCAGUUUACCUGAGGGUCUGAAUGUGCAGGAAUAUCCGGCUGGACUCGUGAUUGUCCCCGCGGUGGAGGGUAAAGCUAAUGAGGGUUCUCAGAUUCCGUUGCGGGUCUCCGUUUUGGGAUGAUAGAGACUCAUUUGGUGCGAAGGACCUCCUGUGAUAUUUUACAUGGCGCACCUAAUCAUUUCUUUGUACAAGAUUGUGUUGUGUUGAGAAUUGAAAUUUUUAAGUGCAAAGGAUGAAUUCUGUAGUUUAUAGGUUUUCACAUCAACGAG